CACUCGCGCUCCCCUCGCCUCCUGCGUUCUCCCCUCCCCGGCAGCGGCGGCGAUGCCGGGGCCUUCGCCAGGGCUGCGCCAAGCGCUCCUCGGCCUCUGGGCUGCCCUGGGCCUGGGGAUCCUCGGCAUCUCAGCGGUCGCGCUAGAACCUUUCUGGGCGGACCUUCAGCCCCGCGUGGCGCUGGUGGAGCGCGGGGGCUCGCUGUGGCUCAACUGCAGCACUAACUGUCCGCGGCCGGAGCGUGGUGGCCUGGAGACCUCGCUGCGCAGGAACGGGACCCAGAGGGGUCUGCGCUGGCUGGCUCGGCAGCUGGUGGACAUCCGAGAGCCAGAGACGCAACCCGUCUGCUUCUUCCGCUGCGCGCGCCGCACACUACAAGCGCGGGGGCUCAUUCGAACUUUCCAGCGGCCGGAUCGGGUAGAGCUAGUGCCGCUGCCUCCUUGGCAGCCCGUGGGCGAGAACUUCACCUUGAGCUGCAGGGUUCCGGGAGCAGGACCCCGAGCGAGCCUCACGUUGACUCUGCUGCGGGGCACCCAAGAAUUGAUCCGCCGCAGUUUCGCGGGAGAGCCACCCCGAGCGCGCGGCGCAGUGCUCACCGCCACGGUCCUGGCGCGCAGGGAAGACCACGGGGCCAAUUUCUCAUGCCUCGCGGAGCUGGACCUGCGGCCACACGGCCUGGGACUCUUUGCGAACAGCUCCACCCUUAGACAGCUCCGCACCUUUGUCCUGCCUCCAAUUUCCCCGAGCCUGGUUACUCCCCGAUUUUUAGAAGUGGGCUCAGAAAGGCCAGUGAGCUGCACUUUGGAUGGACUGUUUCCUGUCCCGGAAGCCGGGGUUUACCUCUGGCUGGGAGAUCAGAUACUGCAUCCUGAUGUGACCUUCGAUGGCGACAGCCUCGUGGCUACUGCCACAGCUACGCCGAGCGCAGAACAGGAAGGCACCAGACAGCUGAUAUGCAGAGUGACCCUCGGGGGCGACAGCAGGGAGACCCAGGAGAAUCUGACUGUCUACAGUUUCCCUGCUCCUCUCCUGACGUUAAGUGAGCCAGAAGCCCCAGAAGGGAAGGUGGUAACCGUCAGCUGCUGGGCUGGUGCUGGGGCCCUGGUCACCUUGGAGGGAAUCUCAGCUGCGGUCCCGGGGCAGCCCGCUGAGCUCCAGUUAAAUGUCACGGAGAACGACGACAAGAGGGGCUUCUUCUGCGACGCUGCCCUCGACGUGGGCGGGGAGACACUAAGAAAGAACCAGAGUGCUGAGCUUCGAGUCCUGUAUUCUCCCCGGCUGGAUGACUCGGAUUGUCCCAGGAGCUGGACGUGGCCCGAGGGUCCGGAGCAGACCCUCCGCUGCGAGGCCCGUGGGAACCCGGAGCCCUCAGUGCACUGUGCGAGGCCGGAUAGCGGGGCUGUGCUGGCGCUGGGCCUGCUGGGUCCAGUGACGAGGGCCCUCGCAGGCACUUACCGUUGCAGGGCAGUCAAUGGCCAAGGCCAGGCGGUCAAGGACGUGACCCUGACUGUGGAGUAUGCCCCAGCGCUGGACAGCAUAGGCUGCCCAGAGCAUAUUACUUGGCUGGAGGGAACAGAGGCAUCACUUAGCUGUGUGGCGCACGGGGUCCCACCGCCUAGUGUGAACUGUGUGCGCUCUGGGAAGGAGGAAGUCAUGGAAGGGCCGCUGCUUGUGGCUCGGGAGCACGCUGGCACUUACCGAUGCGAAGCCAUCAACGCCAGAGGAUCAGCGGCCAAAAAUGUGGCUGUCACGGUGGAAUAUGGUCCCAGUUUUGAGGAGCUGAGCUGCCCGAGCAACUGGACGUGGGUAGAAGGAUCUGGAAAGCUGUUUUCCUGUGAAGCUGAUGGGAAGCCAGAACCACGCGUGGAGUGCCUGGGCUCCGAGGGUGCCAGCGAGGGGGCGGUAUUACCCCUGGUAUCCUCAAACCCUGGUCCUAGAAACUCUAUGACCUCUAGUAAACUUUCCCCGGGUGUCUACCUCUGCAAUGCCACCAACCGGCACGGUUCCACGGUCAAAGCUGUCGUCGUGAGCGCCGAGUCGCCGCCACAGAUGGAUGAAUUCAGCUGCCCAAGUCACCAGACCUGGCUGGAAGGAGCCGAGGCUACGGCGCUGGUCUGCAGUGCCAGGGGCCGCCCCUCUCCACGGGUUCGCUGUUCCAGGGAGGGUGCCGCCAGGCUGGAGAGGCCGCAUGUGUCCCGGGAGGAUGCGGGGACCUACCGCUGUGUGGCCACCAACGCGCAUGGCACGGAUUCACGGACCGUCACUGUUGGUGUGGAAUACCGGCCUGUUGUGGCCGAGCUGGCGGCCUCGCCCCCAAGUGUGCGGCCGGGCGGGAACUUCACCCUGACCUGCCGUGCAGAGGCCUGGCCUCCAGCACAGAUCAGCUGGCGCGCGCCCCCUGGAGCGCUCAACCUUGGCCUAUCCAGCAAUAACAGCACGCUGAGCGUGGCAGGCGCCAUGGGCAGCCACGGCGGCGAGUACGAGUGCGCAGCCACCAAUGCGCAUGGGCGCCACGCGCGACGCAUCACGGUGCGCGUGGCCGGUCCGUGGCUGUGGGUCGCUGUGGGCGGUGCUGCAGGGGGCGCGGCGCUGCUGGCCGCGGGGGCUGGCCUGGCCUUCUACGUGCAAUCCACGGCCUGCAAGAAGGGCGAGUACAACGUCCAGGAGGCCGAGAGCUCCGGCGAGGCGGUGUGUCUCAAUGGCGCGGGCGGGACGCCGGGCACGGAAGGCGGAGCUGAGACCCCUGGCACUGCCGAGUCACCUGCAGAUGGCGAGGUUUUUGCCAUCCAGCUGACAGCCUCGUAAGCCAGCAGGCAGUCCCUCUCCCCGGGGGGGUCUGCAAGCAUUGGGGCGGGCAUAUGUAUUGUUCGUGCUCUUUCUUUAUUCAACUCUGGGGGCAUCACUUCCAUUUUCUACCCAUUCCCCUCAAUAAAGUUUUUAUAAAGGA